UGUGGAGCAGCUCUUUGGUUCGAACCACAGACCUUUCAGUUAGCAGCCAAGCACUUAACCACAGUGCCACCAGGGCUCCUUUUGAACAAAAUAGGCAGUGAAUAAAUGAUAGCUGUUGUUAUUAUUGAUUUCCUUGACCUAGUAGUUAUUUAGAAGGAUGUUAAUUUCUGAGCGCAAGUACUUUAUUUCCCUGUUCCAUUUUUUAAAAUUGUAAUUAAAAGUAUGAUCUGUAUGAUACUUGCUUUUAAGAAUUUUAGGUUUACUUUACAGACUAGAAAGUGGUCAGUUUUUAUAACAUUUCAUAGAUACUUGAACAGAACCCAUACUCCUUUUUACAUUACAAAAUUCAAUAUCUACCUAGUAUUCAUUCUAAUAGAAAUUGCUUCAAAUGUUUUGUCUUUUGUUCAUUGUACUGGUUGAUAUUAGCGUGCUGAAAUUUCCCUUUCCAUUUAUUUCAUUUUAUAGUCCCCAAAGCAUCUGUUUUUGUGUUUAGUAGUUAAGUUAGUCUGUGGUUAAAUGUUCAAUACUGUUAUGCAUUUACUAUUUUUAAUGACUUUUCUGUUUGAAAAAAUAAUACACGCCAACUGCAGAAAAUCUGAAAAAUAGAGAAGCAUACACAGAAGGAAAUGAACAUCUAUACUCUUACUAUGAAAUAACACUAUUAAAAGAUUUUUAUGUGAUUUAAGAGUAUGGGUUUUAGAAGCAGAUUUAGGUUUGAAUUUGGGCUCUGCUACUUACUAUCCUCGAGCAGAAUAUUAGACUUUCUCAUUUAUUCAACAAAUAUUUAUUGAACUCCUACUGUGUGCUGGGCAUUUUGCUGGAGACUGAGAGAGACAGUGCUUAACAAGAUUGACAUACCCAUCUUGGCUUAAUUUCCUCAUUUGUAAAUUAGUGAUAAUGCCUUGUGAAGUUGUUAGAAGCAUCAAAUAUGGUUGAUAGUGCUCCACGUAUUAAAAGCUCAGUUUUUUAAUUGGCUUAAGGUUUUUGCCUUGCAUUUUAUUUUCGGCAUUAAUGUUACCCACUCUUGCUUUCUUUUUCUUUAUGCUUUUCUAUACCUGUUUUGUUUGGGUUUUUCAUUAAAGCAGUACAUCAUUAUAUUUUAAUUUUUUAAUAUAAUGUAAGACUUUUAAAGUUUUUAUUUUUAUUAUCGAACAUUUCAAACACAUAGCAGAAUAGAAAGAGUAAGUAGUGUAAGUAACCAUAUUCCCAUAACCCAGCCUCAGUGAUUAUUAACUCAUGGCCAGUCUUGUUUCAUCUAUACUCCCUGCCACCCCACACACAUACACCACCCCUGCUAGGCGCCAGUGGAUUAUUUCAAAGCUAAUCCUAGUUACGUCAAUUCAGAUAUAAAUGUUUGACUUUAUAUUUCUUAAAAGAUAAAGAUUUUUAAAACACGUAGCCACCAUACCAUCAUCACUCACAAAAACAUCAAUAAUUCUGUAAUACUGUCAAAUAUCCAGUAAGACACUUCCUUUUAAUUAGACAAUUUAAACUUUACAUUUUUACAUUGUUAAACUUUUGGAAUGAUUUCUAUCAUCUUACUUUAAACUUUUUAUUCUUUCUUCCCCCCCGCCUUCUGCUAUAUGGGUUGUUUUGUUUGAGGAGGUUGUAAAAUUUAGAAUUAUGGAGCUAGAAAGACCUGGGUUUGAAUCCUGGUUCUGCCAUUCACUAAUUAACUUUGCUGAGCCUUGAUUUCCUCAUCUGUAAAACAAGGGUAAUUAUAUCUACCUCAUGUUCUCAGAGUUGAGUGUGAAUUUAUAGAUAAAGUGUAAUGUGUUAUUGACAGUCUCUGCCAAUUAUUAUCUUCUCUUGUGAUACUUACUGUAAUAAAGAUCUCUUCUUGGUUAUUGUAUGGUUUUUCAGAACAUCCCAAAAUUUGUAUUUAUUGGAUAAUUGCUAAAAAUAAUGGUUUUUAAAUAUCCUUUUAGGGAAGACAGAAUUUAGAAUCCUCGCUUCUCCCUUCUUCAACUACCUCUUUUGAGUCCACAUUAAUUUAGCCUGAGGUCACAAAUCUUACCUUUAACUUUUAAAGUGUCUUUUCUAUUAUUUAUAUAUUUAUAUCAGUUAUUCCUCAAUAUUGACUGUUUUUCCUUUAGUGAACUUAAUUAUUUUGUUCAGCUAUUUCUAGAUAUUAAGUUGAUGUCGGUAUACUUUACCAGUUCUUUCCUACCACAAUAUUCUUGAGCUUUUAUUUUGAUUCUCUUAUGGUGGUAUAGGGUAUACCUUUGAACAAUUUAUGGAAAAGGAUACUACCAGGAUGGUGAUAUUUUAUAAGACUGCAGAUCUGAUUUCCUGUGACCUUUGUAUAUGAAAAACUAGGAUGAGGUAUAAAAUUCUUAGAUUGUAACUUUUCCCUUUCAACUCUCUGUAAGUCAUUACUUCAUUGUCUUCUGGCAUUUUAUUGUUACAGAAGAGAAAUCUGAGGUCAAUCUGAUUUUAGUUACUUUGAAAAUAACCUAUUUUUUUCUGCUUGUAUGCUUGUAGGAUUAUAUCUUUAUCCUUGAAAUUUAAAAACAUUUGCCAGGACAUAUCUUGGUGUUGAUGAGCUCACCUUCUCAGUCUCCAGUCUCAGUAUAAUGAGUAUGAUGACUAUCACUGUACAUAAGUCUUUAUGCACAUCUCUGAUAUUUCCUUAGGAUAAAUGAGGAGCUGAUUCUUAAUCCUGUCACAUUGGUAAGGAUCAUAUACAUUCCUUAUUAAGAAUAUAAAAUGCUUGUUUCUGAUUGUUUCAAUGUGAUUGCAUAGAAGAGUCUUUGGAUUCUGAACAAUUUGAUGGUAUCCUAACUGAAGUUUGAGAGAGAGGUUUCUAAUGCCUUACACUCAGCACCUUCAUGGAACUACUAGUGCAUAAGUUUGAGCAGGAAAACCACUGUUUAUACAGGGAGUUUGAAGGCAGAUAUACUUGCGGAAACUUGAGGGUGGCUAAAAAAAAGUGUGGCUCUUGUUCCGUCCUACAACCUGGGUCUCCAAAUUGUAAUACACUAGGGCUUUGGACCCUGUUUUCUCCUCCUUCCUUCCUAGUUAAUUCAGACUGUUAUUCUCUGUGAGGAAUUCUCUUUUUUGUUUACAAUGUUCAUAUGUAAAUUUCAUUUCUAAUUAGGAGAGUGUCAGUAGAGCAUAUGUCGUACUAAGUAUAAGGUAGCAUUUUAUCAGUCACAGAUAAUUUUAGCCCUAGUAUACUUGCACAUGAUGAUCUACUGGAUUCAAAACAUUUUUUAAACUUACUUUAUAUUUUCUUCAGCUGUAUCAGACAGCAGCCUGGAAACGUGCCUUAUUGCAGCAUGCCAUUACAACGAAACAAUCUGUUUAAUAGGGUUGCUUAAAAUGAAAUUAUUUUAAAUCAUUAACAUGUUCUUAUUUUCAACAUUUCCAGUUUUCCUUGAAAAUGUGGAAAUACUCUAGAGGUCCUGAAACCUUGGUUCAAAAUUAGUCAUUUGAAUUGUUCUUCCUCUUUAAUGAUCCUAAGUGCUCAUUUUAUUUAACAGCAUUGAAAGUGGUUUUGAAAACAACUCCUGCUGAGACUCAAGCUCUUUAACAAUCUCUUUGAUCUGAUUUGUUCUGAUGAGACCCAUAUUGUAGGUUAUUCUCAUUUGUGACUUUUUACACAUUUCAGACUAACAAAGCGUGAUUAGCAUCUCCUAACCUUUUCUAGUAUUUCACAUCCCAUUUGCAUAUGUACAAUCUGCCAAGCUCUGUAGUUUUUUGGCUGGAAGGCAUUAUGGUGGGAUGAGAGAGGAUAAAUACAUUUGCCUCACUUUUAAACCAAUUUUUUUGUCCAUACUCAUUCUUAGCCACAUUGUGGAAGAAUACAUCACACAUAUGAAUGAUCUCUUCCACCCUGCUUGGCUGGAAAUUGGCUGUAGUACGUGAUGAAACAGCUAUCUCAACACUCUCCUAAUACUUCUUCAUUGCAUUGGAUGUUUAGAAAUUAUCUGUAAAAAUGUAAAUGUUACACAGUCUGUUGAGGCAAAAGAGGGGACGAGAAGUAACAUUUACUGAGCAUCUACUAUCCCUUGGUGAAUCCUUUUUAAUUACAACAUCCCCGUGAGGUAGGUAUUAUAUACAUCUUACAAACAAAGAAACUGAGGAGCAACACAUUAAGUAACUUACCCAAUUUCAGGUAACUACACCAGUAAGUGACAGAGCUGGGGCUUAAACCCACUACUGGCCAGCUCCAGAGCACAUUCUUUCCUACUUGUUUCUUAAAAUUAGAGAAAUGUGUUUUCUUGUUUAACAGGUACUAUUCCUUGAACUUCUGGAACUAUAGAAAGUGCCUGUUGAGUCAGAUUGAUGGUCCAUGUAACCUUAAUCUCUAAUGAAAUUUAGGGUCAUUUUUCAAAAGGGAAAUUUCUUAACUGUAGAAGUAACUUUAUGCUAAUAUCUAAUAGAGACCAUUUGAGUCCUUGUUUUGAUGAAAUGAUAUAAAAGGUUUGUUGAAGUAAAGGUGCUUUGGGGGGAUAAUUUUUUUUUGGGGGGGAUAAUUUUUACAAAGCUUCACUGGUAUAUAGGAUAACAUUGACUUUCAUAUUUUCCUGCUUUACAAAUUAAGUUGUUCAAAAUGUUAUAAAUCUUUGCUAAACUCAGAAAGGAAGUAUUUUUGUAAAAAGUAGCACUUACAAUACCUUUCAGAUCAUGUUUCCCUUCAUUUUUUUUUCUUAGAUUGCUUGAUUGCUGCUAUAUACUGUUAGUUAGCUGGGUGAGGAGUUCAGAAAAGAGAGUAUAUUGUAAAAUUUAUAGGUGACAUGAAGCUGAAAAUAAUGAAAAGGCUAAUUGACACAUUUGGAAUCGCAUCUAUACAGACCGUAGGAAUGGGUCAGAGCUGGAAAAAAAAAAAUCAAAAAUUUUAAAUAAGGCUUUACUCUUGGGACUAAGAGUAGUAGCAAGUACAGGAUAGAGGAUGCCUGGCUUACUUGCAGUGUAAGUAAAGAAGACAAGGAUUUCAUCAGAAAACUUAGUAUGAGUCAGCAGUGUAUCGUAGGCAUUCCAAAAAUCAUGCAUAUGCAAACUGCAUUAGUAAAAUUUUAUUAUCUAGGGAAAGAAGGGUGAUCUGGCUUUUAUUCUGCAGUGGUCAGGACACAGUUGGAAUGUUAAUUGCAUACAAUUAUGUAUUAUCCCCCUUAAGAAAAAAAGAAUAGUGACAGGUGCCAUCUGUCGUAAUGUUUGAAGGAACUUGCGUUAUCUAGAAAAGACUUGGAGUGAUUGAUGGUCAUAGAUGUAAAUUUACUUCCUUUUACUUUGCAGGUAGAGUACAAGCAAGUUAGUCAGCAUAUAUUAGUAUCCUUUCAGGGGAAUUUGUGGUUGGGGAAAGUUACUAUAUAAUGAAGAAUUUUACCUAGCAGACAGUGCUUUUUCUGAGAUAGUGUAGUUGGCUGCCUGGUUGAGGUAGUGCAUUCUUGUCUUGAAAAUGUUCAAAUGUGGGUGAGGAUAAAGUGGAAAGAAUUGAAGUAUAUGAUGUGUAGUUGUAAGUGAAGACUUUCAAGAUCCCUUACCAGUCCUAAUUUUUUGUUUUAUUCUAACAUCAAAAGGACUUUACGGAGUAUUCUUUUAUUCUCAUGAAGCUGCCUCACCGUGGUAAUUUGCAUUGGUACAGGUCUUUACAGUUUAUAAAGUGCUUUCUUAUGAGCUAUCUCAUUUUUGAGCCUAACAAUAACACUUUGUGGUAGGCAGGUCAAGUAUCCCCCAUUUUAAACAGAUAAAGUAAUAGACUAAGAAAUUCUGAAUUGUCUAAAAUCACAAAGCUUGUAAGUGGCAGACCUUGGAUUCUACCCCUGGUCUCCCAACUCUUAAGUUCAAUGCUGUUUCUACUGUGCUAGUUUGCUUUAAAGGUUAUAAGUUGUGAUAUUUGCUUUGCAUACAUUGAAAGUCACAAGGAGCAGCAGCAGAUGGUUCCCAUGGAAAAUGUUUAAGUGUAGCUUAAGUUAGACCAAAGUUUCUAAAGCCGUGGAGCCAUUAAGCAGAUCUGUGUUAUAGAAAGGUAACUGCUUACAAUUAAUGAGAAAAUCUAGCUUGGGCUACUAGAUGAAUGAUGGUGUACAUACAGGAGAAGUAGCAGAUUGGUGGGCCAGAGAUGGGGUGAUUGGAUUUUGGACGUAAUAAAAGUAGCUAACAUUGAUCGAGUGCUUUACUAAAUACCAGGCACUGUGGUUGGUGUUUUUUAUCGUUUAUCUCAUUUAAUCUGCACAGCAACUCUGAAGAUAAGACUUUUAACCCCCAUAAGAAGAAACUAAAGCUUAGAUAGUUGUAAUAAUUUGUCCAAGGCGUUACAAUUUGUAGCCAGUAGUGUAAAAGCAGGAACUUGAAUCUAAUGGUCUGAUUCCAAAGCCAGUUGUUUUGAGAGCUACUUUGAGGUUUCUCUGGGACAUUUGGAUAAAAAAAUGAUUAGUAGUCAGUUGAAUAAAAUGGUUGUGGCUUUUAGGAGAGGGAUAUAUCCUGGAGAUAAUUUGGGUGUCAUCACCAUGUAAGUGGGUGAUAUUGUAGCCUCUGAAAGUGUCUUGAGGAAACUAUAGAUUUUAUACCUGCAUCCCCCUUACCCGCAUCUGGCACUUAUUUCCGUGCUUUGUAGUAUAGUAUAGGCAUUCCCUUUCCUAGGAACAUCUACGAGUGGGUGAAAAUGAAAGGUGCCCUUCGUAUAAGUCACUAGACUACAAGAUCCUCUAGGAUGUGGGGGCUGAGGGGGCCAUGUUUUCUUUAUCUCUUAUCUACAAGUCAGUACCUAGAACAUAGUAUGUAUGAAAUGAAAUGGAUGGAUGAAUGGAUGGGUAAACUACGCAAUGCGAGAGUAGAGUUCAAAUUGAGAGUAGCUGCCUUACCUUGGGUAUAGUGAGAUAGGUGGGCUGCCUUUUAUUUCUUAGUUGUUAAGACUCCAAAGAUGAUUAGUUUAGAUCCUUGUACACUUGUUAAAUUAACAAGUGCUAAGAACAUUUAUUCCUUUUUCCUGUGAGGGAACUACAGAAGCCACUUUAUGUUCCUGACUUCUGAUUAUCUUUUUUUAAUUACACUAGUAAUACAUAUUCAUUGUAGACACAUUAGAAAAUUCAGAUAAACAAAAACAAACAAACUUUCAAUCGUCUAAAAUUCUACCACCCAGAGAUAGCCACUGUAAACAUUUUGGUGUUUAUCCUUACAGAGUUUUUCCCAUACAAAUAUAUACAUUAAAACAUAUGUAUAUAUUUAUUUAAAAUGGGAUCAUUACAAUCCAUAUUGUUUUGUAAACUGCUUUUUCAUUUUUUACAUGUAACUGUCUCUCCAUGUCAAUAAAUUUACAUCUUUAUUGUCAUUUUUAAUGACUGCAUAGUAUUCCGUUAUAUGGAUGUACCAUAAUAUAUUUAAUAGUUUUCUACUAUUAAGAAUUUAGGUUUCCAAUUUGGAGUUACUUUUGAAAAAGUUGUGGUGAGCAUUCUUAUAUGUACAUCUUUAUACACGUGUCCAUUUUUUUAAAGAACUAAGUGGAUAGGCCAUUUCCAAGUUUUAUGUGUCUUUUUUUUUUUUAAAUACAGACUCAGAUUGCAUUCCAGAAAUUUUGUCCUGAUUUACUCUUUCACCAGCAAUGUAUCCAGAGUGCUCAUUGCCCCAUACCCACAUUAACACUGGGUGUUAUGUUUUUUGUAAAUAAUUACCAGUUUGAAAGGUUAAAUGCAUCGUUUUUAUUAGUACUAAGGCUGAACUCUUUUUUCACUUAUUGUUCAUUUCUGUUGAGGUGCAUUGUUUUUUCUUAACAGAUUUGUAAAAACAAAGCUCUUUAUAUAUUGAGGAUAUCAGCCCUUUGUCGUGUUAUUUUUUUUUUAUAUAAUCAGUUUGUCUUUUAUCUUUUUUGUGUCUGGCAGAAGAAGUUUUAAACUUUUAAAGAUUCAAAUGCCACUUUUUUCUUUAUGAUUUCCAUCCUCCUUACCCCAUGAGUAUUAUUUACCUGUAUUUAUGUAUUUUUAAUACUUGUAUAAUUUUUUUAAACAUUUAAAUUUUAAUCCAUCUGGAAAUUAGAGAUCUAGCUUAAUUUUCUCCCCAAAUAAUUAAUCAGUUGCCCUGAUUAAUUAUCAAUGGAGUUGGAAUUUAGAAUGUGUUUUGCUACAGAAAGUGUUGUAAAUGAUGGUUUGGUGAGGUUUUCAUAAGAGUAUUUGUAAUGCAUUUGACUAUUCAAAUAAACUCAUGGGCUUACCUGGUAAGGCAAUCAUCAUUUAUUACAUUAUUUCCAUGGAAAAAAUGCUUUUAUAGUUUCAAAUAAUUAAUUAACAGAUUACUUUUGGAAGCACAACCUGUUGUAAAUUGGCAACUGCAUCCUUGUAUGGUGGUUCUACUUCAUUAGAGCCCUGUAGGAGUGAAAAUAUUCCUUGAUGAUUUUUUUUGUCUGCCUUCCUUUAACUUACUGAUAUGAGAUCUGUUUUGGUAACUUUUUACUUGCUGUGCUUUUCACAGAAUGGACAGCAAAUUAUGGAUGAACCUAUGGGAGAGGAAGAGAUUAAUCUACAAACUGAAGAAGGCAGCAUCAAAGAAAUUGCAAUCACGCAUCAUGUAAAGGAAGGACAUGAAAAGGCAGAUCCUUCUCAGUUUGAACUUUUAAAAGUAUUAGGGCAGGGAUCUUUUGGAAAGGUUUUCUUAGUUAAAAAAAUCUCAGGCUCUGACGCUAGACAGCUUUAUGCCAUGAAAGUAUUGAAGAAGGCCACAUUGAAGGUUCGAGACCGUGUGCGGACAAAAAUGGAGCGUGAUAUCUUGGUAGAGGUUAACCAUCCUUUUAUUGUCAAGUUGCAUUAUGCUUUUCAAACUGAAGGGAAACUGUAUCUUAUUUUGGAUUUUCUCAGGGGAGGAGAUUUGUUUACGCGCUUAUCCAAAGAGGUGAUGUUCACAGAAGAAGAUGUCAAAUUCUACUUGGCUGAACUUGCACUUGCUUUAGACCAUCUACAUAGCCUGGGAAUAAUCUAUAGAGACUUGAAACCAGAAAACAUACUUCUUGAUGAAGAAGGUCACAUCAAGUUAACAGAUUUUGGCCUAAGUAAAGAGUCUAUUGACCAUGAAAAGAAGGCAUAUUCUUUUUGUGGAACUGUGGAAUAUAUGGCUCCAGAAGUAGUUAAUCGUCGUGGCCAUACUCAGAGUGCUGAUUGGUGGUCUUUUGGUGUGCUUAUGUUUGAAAUGCUCACUGGUACACUACCUUUCCAAGGAAAAGAUCGAAAAGAAACAAUGACUAUGAUUCUUAAGGCCAAACUUGGGAUGCCACAGUUUUUGAGUCCUGAAGCCCAGAGUCUUUUACGAAUGCUUUUCAAACGAAAUCCUGCUAACAGACUAGGCGCAGGACCAGAUGGAGUUGAAGAAAUCAAAAGACAUUCAUUUUUCUCAACGAUAGACUGGAAUAAAUUGUACAGAAGAGAAAUUCAUCCACCUUUUAAACCUGCAACUGGCAGGCCUGAAGACACAUUCUAUUUUGAUCCCGAAUUUACUGCAAAAACUCCCAAAGAUUCACCUGGCAUUCCACCUAGUGCUAAUGCACAUCAGCUCUUUCGGGGAUUUAGUUUUGUUGCAAUCACUUCAGAUGAUGAAAGCCAAGCUAUGCAGACAGUUGGUGUACAUUCAAUUGUUCAGCAGUUGCACAGGAACAGUAUUCAGUUUACUGAUGGAUAUGAAGUAAAAGAAGAUAUCGGAGUUGGCUCCUACUCUGUUUGCAAGAGAUGUAUACAUAAAGCCACAAACAUGGAGUUUGCAGUGAAGAUUAUUGAUAAAAGCAAGAGAGACCCAACAGAAGAAAUUGAAAUACUUCUUCGUUAUGGACAGCAUCCAAACAUUAUUACUCUAAAGGAUGUUUAUGAUGAUGGAAAAUACGUGUAUGUAGUAACAGAACUUAUGAAAGGGGGUGAAUUACUGGAUAAAAUUCUUAGACAGAAAUUUUUCUCUGAACGAGAAGCCAGUGCUGUCCUGUUUACUAUAACCAAAACUGUUGAAUAUCUUCACGCACAAGGGGUGGUUCACAGAGACUUGAAACCUAGCAACAUUCUUUAUGUGGAUGAAUCUGGUAAUCCAGAAUCUAUUCGAAUUUGUGAUUUUGGUUUUGCAAAACAGCUCAGAGCUGAAAAUGGUCUUCUCAUGACUCCUUGUUAUACUGCAAAUUUUGUUGCACCAGAGGUUUUAAAACGACAAGGCUAUGAUGCUGCUUGUGAUAUAUGGAGUCUUGGUGUCCUCCUCUAUACAAUGCUUACCGGUUACACUCCAUUUGCAAAUGGCCCUGAUGAUACCCCAGAGGAAAUAUUGGCACGAAUAGGUAGUGGAAAAUUCUCCCUCAGUGGUGGUUACUGGAAUUCUGUUUCAGAUACAGCAAAGGACCUGGUGUCAAAGAUGCUUCAUGUAGAUCCUCAUCAGAGGCUGACUGCUGCCCAUGUGCUCAGACAUCCCUGGAUCGUCCACUGGGACCAAUUGCCACAGUACCAACUCAACAGACAGGACGCACCCCACCUAGUAAAGGGUGCCAUGGCAGCUACAUACUCUGCUUUAAACCGUAACCAGUCACCAGUUUUGGAACCAGUAGGCCGCUCUACUCUUGCUCAGCGGAGAGGUAUUAAAAAAAUCACCUCAACAGCUCUGUGAAGUGACCUCAUUGAGUUAUUUGGUACCAUGGUGUAAGCUGAUAGCACAAGUUCUGGCGACAGGUAGCACAUAUCUGAGAGACACCUGCAAGCACACACUGUCCCAGCUGGUACCCAUAAUGCUGCUGCUCCUGCUGCUGCUCCUGCUUUCGUCUCUUCUCGCUUUAAAUGAUUGUUAGCAAGUUAGAUUUUCCUGGAGCUUCGGAUGGAAUGAAAAUGGAAACAUGACGGAGAUGUAUUCACUGAAUCAGUAAGAAGAAAAAUGAACACAUGAAUACCACCUAAAAAUACACUGAAUAAAGUACUCUACACCAUAUAGCAUUAUUUUUAUAGGAAAUAUUUCAUGUCCCUUAAAUAUUCUUUGUUAGUUAUAGGGAUGGACAGUUUAUGUUAAGCACUUAGCUUAAACAAUCUGUUUAUAUUAGCACUGUAUCCUUUGUGCCAUCCAACAUUUUGUAUGUUUUUGUAAACAGUUCAUAUACAGUACAUUUCUGUACUGCUUUCUUUAAUGUAUACAUGCCUUGUUUAACUUGGAAUCUAUUAUUAUUAAUCAAUUGACUAUUAAAUCUGGUUAAAUAGUUCACCUGGAUUAACAGUAUUGUUGGACAGCCCUAAAAAUGGCCAGAUUGUGGAACAGCUGUUGAAUGUAAUACUUUCAAAAUGUACAUAUCUUUCCCCAUGUCUGUUUCACUGGUUUGUGUGUGUGUUUGUUUCUUAAAGUCAGGUGCUCUGUCAGACUGACUAAGAGAGCUAUAGGGGAAGGAGAGUUAUCAUAUGUGUGUGGCAUGAUGUCAAGAGUACACCUGUGAAGUUAGUCCAUAUACUUUUUAUCUCUUUAGGCUUUUUUCCUUAAUUAAAGGAAGUAGUCCUUUCACUUUUAAUCUUAAGUAGUAUCCCUACUUAGUAUUUGGCAUAAAAUUUGAAAUUUUGCCAGUAUAUACCAAGGGCCUAUAAGAGUCAUGGUGAAGAAAGAGAUUGGCAAUGAAAAAUUUAGCAGCAGGUAAUUGAGGUGCCAUUGAAUAUUUCAUGUUCAAAUAGAUAUUCUAUAUUAAACAUUAAUUUGAAUGUAAUAAAUGCCACACGCCUCUAUAUUAAAUUGGAUUUAAACUUCAUUAUUCUAGGGAAUAAAACAUUCUUGAUCGAACAGUAUCUGUUCUAACCUGAAAUCAUAGCUCAGGUAGGCUAAAUGAACAUUCAUCAUUGAGUGCUUUCUGAAUCCUUCCUAAUGUCUUAAAGCCAUAUGAUCCUUCUUCUGACUUCAGAAUUAUCAGUUUUCAUUAUGGUCACUGGGUCUGCUUAAAUGAAAAUAUUCAUUAUCUAAAUAUAAUUUGGUAGUUGCCACAACUUUGAUUAAAGAAAACUCUGUACCCAUUAGUACCUGUAUCUUUGCCAAGCUGCCUAGCAUACAUACAUAAGUAUGUCAGGUGAAGGACAUAUGAGCAAGGAAAAAUGGAUUUCACUUACCUCAUCAGGAAUGUGCUCAAACAGAUCUUUUCUUAGUCCUGCACUUAAACCAUUUACACCAGACACCUUUUUUCCUGCCAGAAGCUUUAAGUCAUCCCACAAGAAUUCAAAGCCAAAAGAGGGUGGUUUAUCUAAGUGUCUUGGAAGCCACUUGUCAUUCCUUAAUUUCUCCUGUAUACAAUUAAAGAGAAGAGGAAAGUCUACAAUGUUCCUUUUGCCCAAGCGACACAAAAGAAUUAUUACAGAGAAAUCAAAUGUAAGUUUGUCUUCUAGAUUAAAAGUGUAUAGAAAGAUGGCUCUCAGGAGAUCUAGACAAAGGUUUUUAAAGUUCCUGAGUGUAUGGAUGCUGACUGUUAGAGCUGCUUUUCAUUGCCCCCUAUCCCCUUUAUUCAGUGUCUCAAACCAUGGUCAUCCCAAAUUGUUGUCACUUUUAAAAUGCUAACAUAACUCUGGGCAGAAAAAAAGAUAGAUUCUCAGAUAUUUAAUGACACUGAUGCUACUCCAUGAGUGUUCAGACAUAUCGUCAAUCAUAAUCUUUUAAAACUAGGAGUAAAUAUACUAAAUCAAACCCAAACCCAUUGCCAUCAAGUUAAUUCCUACUCAUAGCAACCCUGUAGGAUAGAGUAGACCUGCCCCCUAGGGUUUCCAAGGAGCAGCUGGUGGAUUCGAACUGCUGACCUUUUUGGUUAGCAGCCAAGGUCUUAACCACUGCACCACCAGGGCUCCAGUAAAUGUACUAAUCCUUAUAAAAUUACCUGGUCCAGCUUUCUCAUUGCAUGUAAAGUACCUAAGACCCAAUGCAAAGACUAUAAUCCUUAACUUCUCCCCAUUCAUUUUUUUUUUUUCUUAUAACACCGCUCUGCCUUCCCUUCAUAUUGCCACCUGACCAGUAGCUUGAGUUCAAAACUACAUAUUUCUUGGGGCAAUCCUCUACUGCUAAAAUAAUCUCAAAUUUAUUGUUUCAAAGAUAUUGCCUACUUUACAUAGUCAAGCUGUCAGUUUUAUUGGGCAAAACAAUUUAUAUGUUCACAAAACUGAAGGCUUGCUGUAUAAAAAGCAGUUGAUGAACAUAAUAUAUUUCAUCUGUGGUUCUGGUGGUCCUGUUGCUUUUAGCUUACAGUGGAUCAGACUUGGCCAACAAUGUGCUCCAAAUGUAGUGCUUGUGAUGGGUUAAGCUUUCCAUUAAUCUCUCAAAGGCCAAUCAUUCCAAGCCCAUAUAGUUGUGGUAUUGAGGCCCUUGCAGACUUCCACCCUUCAUCAGUUGGCACUGCCGUUACUACUGGGACUUCUCCUAGGAGGUUUCAGUGCUAUCUUAAAGAUCUUUCACCGUGAAAGAAAGAACUAAACUACCACGCCUCUUUUACUAACUUCUCUUAGCUUAAAAUCCAAAAUGAUAGAUAGCAUUUAACAUUGCCCAAGGCACAUACUGGAAUUUACUAAUUACACUACCAUUAGUUUUGUAUCUUCUCUUUCAAGUGAUGAUGCUAAAUUAAGGUAAGUGUUUUGGGGGGGUUUCAUAUAAAUCAUUUCAGCUCCUUUGUUUUAUAGUAGUGUCUUCUUUCUAAGUAUAAUAGACCCUUUUAACAGUUUUGAUGUGGACUCAUUCACAAGCAGCUGCAAAA